ACGCAGGCGCAGUGGGGGCACUCCCGGGUGGGGGCAGCGGUCGUGUAUCAAGUUGCUCUCCGUCCCGGCCGAGGAAGGCAGGGUGCUGAGGGUCCCGGCUCCAUCCUGUGCCCCCCUUCAUCCACUGGGGGAUAAAAGUUUGUGAAUUAGGCCCCCAAGUUUUGGGGGACCCCGGCUUGCGACGCAGGGGGACGGAGGAGGCUCGUGAGGAGGUUGAAUGGAGCCCCCGGAUCCGGUGGGAAGAGCUUUCCCCAUGGAGCCCACCAUCCACCCUGUAGAAGACUUCAGCCCGGCCCAGCCGCCCCCGGACCCAGACGGCUCGGACACCAUCGUCCUCAGCCUCUUCCCCUGCACCCCGGAGCCUGCAACCCCUGAAGCGGACGCGGGAGCCCCCUCACCCCAAGGCAGCUCCCUGAAGCACUCCACCACGCUCACCAACAGGCAGCGGGGAAACGAAGUGUCAGCCCUGCCUGCUACCCUGGACUCCCUGUCCAUCCACCAGCUCGCGGCCCAGGGGGAGCUGAGCCAGCUGAGGGAGCACCUGAGGAAGGGCGACAAGCUUGUCAACAAGCCGGACGAGCGCGGCUUCACCCCCCUGAUCUGGGCUUCGGCCUUUGGCGAGAUCGAGACUGUCCGCUUCUUGCUGGAGUGGGGGGCUGACCCCCACAUCCUGGCCAAGGAGCGGGAGAGUGCCCUGUCACUGGCCAGCACUGGCGGCUACACGGACAUUGUGGGGCUGCUGCUUGAGCGGGACGUGGACAUCAACAUCUACGACUGGAAUGGAGGGACGCCAUUGCUGUACGCCGUGCGGGGGAACCAUGUGAAGUGUGUCGAGGCCCUGCUGGCCUGGGGAGCCGAUCUCACCACCGAGGCAGACUCCGGCUAUACUCCGAUGGACCUCGCCGUGGCCCUGGGGUACCGGAAAGGUCUCAGGGCCCGGAGACCCCGAGGGAAGGACACGGGGUGGUGGGGCCCGAGCUCACACCUGCCGCCCGCCUGUCCCGUCUCCAGUGCAACAGGCGAUCGAGAACCACAUCCUCAAACUGUUCCAGGGCAGCCUUGUGCCCGCCGACCCCGAGUGACGGCCACCUGCUGGGGACUCAGCUACUCAGGGAACCAAAGGGUUGACCCGGAGCCGGGAGGACUCGGAACUGGGUUCAAGGGCGGCUCCCACUUCCCGACAGCGGGAAGACGCUCAGGACAGACCUGGGGGGCAUGGGAUGCUUCCGGAGAAGAACCAAUAAACCUUCUUGUGUAGAA